CGGCUCGGAGAGGCGAGGUGGCGGGCGGGCUUGGGGGGCGGCUGCGUGCGGAAACGGGGGAGGCGCGAGGAUUCUGUGGCUGGCGUGGACGCGCCGGGGAGUCUCCGUGGGAACUGGUUCAGCGGGGCUGGGGACAGGCGGCUGGGAGCUCCCGCGACUGGAAGGGACCGGUCCGAUAUUUGCGGAAAUCCGGGGUGGGCGGCGGCAGCUUACGAUCCUGACGACCUGCACAAGACUGUGAAGCGUGCACCCGGGCAGGUCUGGGCGGCGGUCUGAGGAGAGCUUGCCCCGCCCCGCAGACCUCUCCGCGGCGACCCCUCCUCGGCCGGCCUGGCCCCAUCAGCACCGCGGACAGCGCCCGGCCUGUGAGAACCGACUCCUGCAGCAGCCCUGGAGUCCAGCUUCUGAUGUGCUAACUGCUUCCUACUGCAGAAGGAAGAGGCGGAGUAUAACGAUCCGUCGAUAUCCCCAGCUCCUGCGAACGCCGCCACUGGACGGUGUGGCCUGGGUGUUGGAAGAUGUGUCCAAAUUCGCCCAGCCAUCUAGGAUUCAUUCAUAAAGUGCCUACUCUGGGGUAGGACCCUGUGCUAAACGCUCCGCAGAUGGUGCGUAAUUCUUAUAGGACGCUGUCUGAUCGCCUCUCUGGCUCAGAGACUCUCUGCUGCAGCCAACAUGAUGGAUGACGACACCGAAUUGAGGACUGACGGAAACUCCCUGCUGAAGGCUGUGUGGCUGGGGCGGCUCCGGCUGACCAGGCUGCUGCUAGAAGGUGGUGCUUACAUCAAUGAGAGCAAUGACAAAGGUGAAACUGCACUGAUGGUGGCAUGCAUCACAAAACACGUGGACCAGCAGAGCAUCAGCAAGUCCAAGAUGGUGAAGUACCUGCUGGACAACAGGGCAGACCCCAACAUCCAGGAUAAGUCUGGCAAGACUGCACUCAUCCAUGCCUGUAUCCGGAGAGCUGGGGGAGAAGUGGUCUCCCUGUUGCUGGAGAACGGAGCAGACCCUAGCCUCGAGGAUCGAACCGGGGCCUCCGCUCUGGUUUAUGCAAUAAACGCAGAUGAUAAGGAUGCAUUGAGACAUCUCCUAGAAGCCUGCAAAGCCAAAGGGAAGGAAGUGAUUAUCAUAACAACAGAUAAGUCCUCUUCAGGCACCAAAACCACCAAACAGUAUCUCAACGUCCCUCCUUCACCCAAAGUGGAUGGGAGACAGUCACCUCCCCUGUGUGCCUCCCCCUCCAACACUGAGCUGAAGGCUGCACCCAGUGAGAACGAAGAUGACUUCUUCAGCCUCCAAACAGGACAUCCAAGUGGCAGUAAUGCCACAAAGGUUCUUACUGAGUCUGGGUCACCCACUAGGAAAGUUGGUAGCCUCAGGAGGGCCCGUUUGCCUCAACUGAAGAGGCUGCAGUCUGAGCCUUGGGGCCUGAUUGCGCCCUCUGUGCUAUCUGCCUCCAUGAGUCAGGACAAAGCACAGGGUGUCAGCACAGACAGCGAGGUCACAAGGAGCCCAGGUGACGUGUCCUUUCCGAAGAGGGGGCUCUUGUCCAGAACUAACAGCAUCGAUGGCAAAGACCUCUUCCCUACCGUCACAGAGCAGAUUCUGAAGGCUGCAGCACCCUCAGCACCAGCCUCCUGGAAAGGCCCCACUGCCCACCCUCGCCUGGUCUGGAGAGGAACCCUCCCUGUUGACCAAGAGAGGGGUAACGUGAAUGUGUCGGGACCCUCCUCUCUCAAAGAGCCAGCAUCCCUCAAACAACUAGAAAACGACCUGUACGACCUAGACUUAGAGCCAGGGCCUGACCCAGCCAACCCCACUCCCCUUGAGUCAGGCCAAGGCCACUCAGAUAGAAAGAAGCUCAACGGCUCCCUCCUGUCCCUCUUCCAGGGCUCCCGCGAGUCUCUGGAGGCUGUGCCCAGUACCUCCCCGAGCUCGGGGCGCCGCCCGCUGCACCUUCUAGAAAGACGAGGUUCUGGAACUCUGCUCCUAGACCGCAUUGCUCACACCAGGCCGGGCUUCCUUCCACCUUUAAAUGUGAAUCUGAACCCCCCGAUCCCAGACAUUAGACCUAGUGGCAAACCUUCUUCCCCACUCACUAGUGGCUUUAAAUCUAUGGUUCCCGUUGCUCCAAGUUCACCAAAGAGAGUGGAUCUGAGAAGUACAAAGAAGCUCCUCCGAAGGCAUUCCAUGCAAAUUGAGCAGAUGAAGCAGCUGUCUGGCUUUGAAGAAAUCAUGACCUAGAGCCUUUCAGAAUGGCUUUCCCCCAUGUCUGUAUAGUUCAUUGAAGGGACCUACAAAAAUCCAGACCUCCACGGCUGUGCAGAGCCUCUGCGUCCCGCCCAUUCUGGAAGGCUGCUGUAGCCACAGCUGAGGACAUGGAGACAAGGUGCUGCCUCUCUACUUCUGAAACAACCCUGGGAUUCUAUAGGCCUACUUGAAAAGAGCUCAGGAAAAUUAGGUUUUAGAGGUAAAAUUACAAGAAAAAAGUUCUCUGAAAGAAUAGAACCUUUGCAGUUUGGAGGUCACACAGCAAACACAAUGACUGGAGUUGUGGACACCAGUAAUUUUCUGUACAACAAACAAAACACACAUUUAGAUCACAAGAUGUCAUUUGAAGGAUGUCACUGGUCAUCUGUACAGUGCCUAAAAAGGAAAUGGCUUUGACAUUCUUUGGGAUUGCAAAAUUUCAAAACCAACCCCUAAGCUGCUGUACGUGGCUUCAUCUGGUGGAGCAGAAGCAGGAUCCUCCCAGCAGAGUGCCCGGCCUGUGGCACUGUCUCUUGUUAUGCUGUGGGCACCACCUAGCGUGGCUGAACUCCUCCAGCUCUCCAGAUACAGGCGUUGUUCACAUGCCAGCACCGGUGUGCGCGAAGUCCCACACACCCCUCUACGUGCCCCAUUCUGAGUGGUCACCCAGCUGGAGCCACAGGGAGGAGCCCGGACUCGGAAGGAGACUUUCCUCAGUCUCUGGUCCCUGGUUCCACAGGCCCUGUGUGGAAAUCAAAGUUAACUAACGUGAAUUUGAACAUCAUGUAAUUCAUAGGACCAAAAUGCUCUUCCCAAUUUUUCUUGAGAGAACUCCAUGGGAUCUGCCAGAGCAGUGGGCUACACGGGCUCUGCACAGAUGCUUCUCAGGCUGGAACUGUGGCCUGAAGAUGUUAGGGGACACAAAUUGUUAUUUCCCUUUCAGGGAUCUGCGUAAUCCAAGAAACACCUGGUUUCUCCUUUGCCUGAGUUACCCGGGUAAUGCGAGAUUUAUUGAAACAAUCUGUAGAACACUUUAAACACUGAAGAAAUCCAAAGAAGUAAGCAGAAACUUAGCACACUUGCUAAAUUAGACGCAGAUAUUCUCAUUUUCUUCCCAUGUAUUUCUCCUCUCUUGUAGCCAAGGUGCACUUGUUCCAUGGUUGAAAAGUUUAGCUGUUCCUAGGGAUGGAACCAUGCAGACAGAAGAGCAAAGGCUUUGAGUCUGACAGGCUUGGCCUUACACCCUGGGCUUACCAUUUACAAGAGAGCAACCCUAAGAAAAUAGCUCCCCAUCUCGAGCAUCUGUUCCCACACCUGUAAAAUGGAACCAGUAUUAUUUGUUUUGCAAGGUUCUGGUGAGAAUGAAGUGGCACAGUGUAUCAAAGUGCCUCUGUGCCCAGCACAGAUAGACAUCACUGGAUAAAAGGUAGCUAAUUUAAAUUUAUUUCUAGAAACCUCAGAAGCUUCAAAAUCUCAGUUCAUAAAUGAUGUGCACAAAGUCCAACUGAAAGAUCCCAGUGUCUCCUUGAGAGUCCCACAAGUUCUAUAAACCCUGAUUCCUAAACCCAUUUGCAAAGUAAAACAUCCUGCCACAUAAGCUCUGCAUAUCACGCCAAUUCUAUAGGAACAUUUCCUAGAAAUGUAUCCAAAUCCCAACAAAAACAUUAAUGAUAGUUAAAAAGUGCUUAUUUUUGUGGUUCUAUUAGGGCAAGUUCUUAACCUCGUACCACUGACAGCUGCAGCUGGCUGACUUUUGCUGAGGUGAGGAGAUCUGUCCUGUGCAUUGUAGUGUAUUUAACAACCUCCCCCCUGCCCAGGUGGCAGCAGCACCUUGCUCCUCAGUGUGAUAAGCAAAAUGGUCCUAGACCUGACCAGGUGCCUCUUGAGGGCAGCAUCACCUUGGUGGAUCCCUGUGCUCUAGCAAGCAGCUGUGUAAGUAGUAGAAAUGUGCCAAGAACCGCGGAGCCAACUGGACAUGUGUCCUUCAGGACUCUUGGCAAGAGACACAACACAAGCACUAACGGUCUCUGUACCUUGCAGGAUAGGGAGAGAAUGAGAAGAAAACCACAUAAAGUGAUGAAGAUGUACAGCUCGAGAAGUUGGCUCGGUGUGGACACCCAUCUGGUUUUCAGAACCACUCAGUUGUUAGCAGUCCUUCCCAAGAAGAUCCGAUUAUAGGUAAAGAAAUAGCUUCCAACAUUAAAGAAUCAUACAACCAUUGCUUCCAGCAGCUCAUCACACACACACACACACACACACACACACACACACACACACACACGGCACAUUUUAAGUAUUUUUCGAGCUAUUGUCAAUACCAGUUAAAGCUACUCGGCCAUGGGGACCAGAAAACUCUGCAUGGAAUCAUUUUGCAUAGGAGCCAAGACUUGGAAGGCUGAUUUAUCUGCAGGAGAGCUGGGUGCAUUUGUAGUGAUUAGCUCACGCAUGGGGUACCACUUUGUCAGGGUGGCUGGUCCAUCGAACAGAAGCAGAGUCAAGUCAGGAGCUCUCCUGCCACCCCUGCCUGCAUCUCAGCAUGACCUGCCCACCAGCCUCCUUUGGCAGGCACCGGGCAGCCCCUUCUCCAUCACUGCUUGACAAUGCAUUAGCUGAAUUAGGCUUGUUCCACACUAGUACAAUGGCCAACAUACCUUGUCAUGGUUUAUGCAUAAAUAAGCGAUUUUGUCCACAUCAGUGAACUUCACAAGAAUGCUUUUCAAAAGCAUAUUUUAGAUUCAAAUAUGCUUUUUAGAUCAGAGGUUAGCUUUUUGUUUUGGAAUCCUAGAGUCACUAUAUAAGUUAGCUGUGAAGUAUAGUUUCAGUGAUCUAUCCACUUAGGAUUCUCUAGACUGUUUAUUAAAAUAUAAUCCAGAAUGUGAGUCUAAUGUUUAAAGCCUGGUACUUUGGUUUAAUUUCUAGACAUUCCAAAGCCUUAACAAAACCAACCAACCCUUGUAGAUUCCCAUGGAGCUUUGUGCAGGGGCUGCUGUGCACAUGCCGAGCCCCAGAGCUCCUCCUUGUGUGUUGGUGCUGCUGACUGGCCCUCCGCAGUGCCCAUCCAUCUCAAGCUGAGGGUGUGCUGAAAGAUGUGUCAAAGUCCCUGUAAUGAAACUGUCUAAUAUAUCAAUAAAUGAUCUAUUACAA